AUGUCAUAUAUUAAAUUAGAGGUUAUCAAUGAUACCUCUGAUGAAAGAAUCGAUAUCAGUGAUGGAGCUGCCAAAGAAUCUAGUCUAAAGAAGGCUGUCUUUAGUGUACAUGGUAUGACUUGUUCAUCAUGUGUCGGUAUCAUUGAAUCGUUUAUGUCCAAUGUAGAUGGUAUCAUUUCGAUUCAAGUUGCAUUACUUCAAGAGACUGCCGAUGUUAAAUUUAACCCAUCUAUUAUAAAUGAAGAAGAGAUUGCUGAACAAAUAAAUUCAGUUGGAUUUGAAGCAAAGCAUAUAAAACAAGCGGAACAUAAUACUUUGAUGUUACAGAUUGGUGGUAUGACAUGUUCAUCAUGUGUCGGUAUCAUUGAGAGUAUCGUUGGUCAAAUGGAUGGUGUAACAGAGAUUAAAGUAAAUCUUGCAUUAGAGAAUGCUAGAAUCAUGUAUGAUCCUGAUUUAACUGGUGCAAGAAAUAUUAUUCAACAAAUUGAAGAUGUUGGAUUUACAGCUAAUUUACCAUCAACAAAUAUAGAAGAUACAAAGAAUCUACAAAAAGAAGAGAUUGCAAAGAUACAAAGAGUUCUAUUUAUUAGUGUUUGUUUCACCGUACCUGUAUUUUUAAUUGGAAUGAUAUUACAUAAAGUUACAUUUUGUCAAUUUUUAUUUACAAGACAAAUUGUACAUGGUGUUAGUAUUGCUGAUUUUUUAAUGUUUGUGUUUACAACACCUGUACAGUUUUGGGUUGGAAAGAGAUUUUAUAUUAAUGGAUACAAGUCAUUGAAACAUGGUGGUGCUAAUAUGGAUGUUUUGGUUGCACUUGGUACUAGUUGUGCGUAUUUCUACAGUUUGAUGGUUAUGAUUAUGGAUAUGAUGAAUCCAGAGUUACCAGAGACCAAUAUGGAGAUGAAGACCUUUUUCGAUACUUCUGCUUCGUUGAUUACCUUUAUUUUGUUGGGCAAGUACUUGGAGAUCAUUGCCAAAGGAAAGACAUCGGAUGCCAUCAAAAAGUUGAUGUCACUUCAAGCGACCAAAGCUAUUCUCUUGGGAACCGACGGUAAUGGUAAUAUUCUAGAGGAGCGAGAGAUUGAUAUCGAGUUGGUACAACGUGGUGAUAUUCUCAAGGUGUUACCAGGUAGUAAGAUUCCAACCGAUGGUAUUGUAGUUUCCGGUGUUUCCAGUGUUGACGAAUCGAUUAUCACUGGUGAAUCGAUGCCUGCAACCAAGCAAGCCAAUGACAAGGUGAUUGGAGGUACUGUCAAUCAAAAGGGUGUUCUUCAUGUGCGUGCCACUCGUGUCGGUGGUGAUACUUCGCUCUCGCAGAUCAUUCGUUUGGUUGAGCGUGCUCAGACCGAGCGUGCACCCAUUCAAUCGUUGGCCGAUAAGAUUAGUGGUGUGUUUGUACCGGCAGUUGUUAGUUUGGGAUUGCUGACAUUUUUCGUUUGGAUUGGUAUUGGUGCUUCCGGUGCAAUCGAUAAGAUCAUAGAGAAUGCCAAUUCCACUGUAUUCCAAUUUGCUCUGAGAAAUGCCAUCUCUGUCAUUGUAAUUGCUUGUCCAUGUGCACUUGGAUUGGCUACACCCACAGCAGUCAUGGUUGGAACUGGUAUUGGUGCUCAAUGCGGAAUUCUAAUCAAAGGUGGAUCACAUUUGGAAACUGCACACAAGAUAUCUGCUGUCAUUUUCGAUAAAACCGGUACUCUCACCACUGGUAAACCGAUUGUAUCGGAAUCACAUAUCAUUGGAAACAAGUAUGAUAAAAAGACAUUCUUUGAGUUGGUGGCAUCGGCAGAGGCAGCCUCUGAACAUCCAUUGGCUGGAGCUAUCGUCAACUAUGCCUUUACAGUUUGUGAUGUCACUGCUACCACUGUACCAGAGAAUUUCGAGAGUAUCACAGGUUCAGGUAUUAGAGCAAUCGUCAACAAAGUACCACUGAUGAUUGGUAACAUGAAAUGGAUCAACGAGUGUGGUAUCAACUUUGCCAAGACCAUCUCUGACACCAACCGUAUCAAUGAUAUCGAAGCAAAGAUCAAACGAUUGGAAUCCGAAGGAAAUACAGUUGUUUUUGUUGUGUUGAAUGAAGAGAUCUGUGGAUUGAUUGCCAUUAGCGAUCAACUGAAACCAGAGGCACGUCCAACUAUUACCGCUCUCAAAAAGAUGGGUAUCUUCCCUUGGAUGGUUACUGGUGAUAAUCCACGUACAGCCAAUGCCAUUGCAGCACAAUGUGGUAUCACACAGGUUUUCGCAGAGGUGUUGCCAUCGAAUAAAUCGAAAAAAGUACAGGAAUUAAAACAACAGGGACAUGUCGUUGCUAUGGUAGGUGAUGGUAUCAAUGAUUCACCGGCACUCGCCGAAGCAGAUGUUGGUAUUGCUAUUGGUGCAGGUACAGAUAUCGCUAUUGAAGCUGCUGAUAUCGUUCUCGUUAAAUCGGAUCUACGUGAUGUCAUCACCGCAAUCAGUCUUUCAAAAACAACUUUUAAUAGAAUUCGUUUCAACUAUCUUUGGGCUACCAUGUAUAAUAUUCUUGGUAUACCGUUGGCUGCAGGUGUUCUUAUUCCAGCAGGUUUCAGUAUUCCACCGAUGGUUGCUGGUUUGGCAAUGGCUUUUUCAAGUAUUAGUGUAGUUUUAUCAAGUUUACAUCUUAAAAUGUAUAAGAAACCUGUUAUUAAAAUACAUAGUGAUAAUUUCCAAGCAAAUGAAUCAUCAUUUAAAAAACAUAUAUCAUUUGAAAUACCACUUAAAGGUGUACAAGUCGAACAACAAUCUUUAUUAUCUAGAGAACCCGAUCCCUAG